UCAUGUAACCGCUCUGUCAUGAAUAAAUCGCACUACAGCAUCAAACAUCACGCUUGUGGAUCAGUUCAGUCGAGUGUAAACAUUCCGUGCGCAAACAUGCUAAUUACCAGCUCCAUAACCACAGACUUAAUCGCACUUUUCGUAACUCUUGCAGUACUGUUCAUCAGCUACUGGAAAUGGACUUAUCAAUAUUGGCAAAGACGGAACGUCCCAUACGUGCAACCCCAAAUACCCUUUGGAAACCUAACCAACUCCAUCAAAGGUAAAGAACACACCAGCGUGACCUUAAAAAAAAUCUACGACGAAAUGAAACGCAAGGGCUCGAAACACGCCGGCAUAUACAUGUUCAACAAGUGCAUCUACUUUCCGAUAGAUUUAGAUUACAUAAGAAACAUCAUGACGAAGGAUUUUCACCAUUUUGUCGACCGCGACUUUUACGUAAACAAAAAAGACCCUUUGCAAGCCCAUCUCGUCAAUCUAAAGGGCAACGAAUGGAAAAAUAUGAGAGCGAAACUAACGCCGACUUUCACUUCGGGCAAAAUGAAGAUGAUGUUCCAGGUGAUGGCAGAGUGCCAAAACGAUCUGUUAACGAAGAUGCACGAAGAAUGUUUGAAGAACAAACCGAUCGAUAUUAAAGAAGUUUUGGCAAGGUUUACUACCAACAUCAUCGGGUCUUGUGCCUUUGGUUUGGAAUGUAAAGCCCUGGAAGACGAAGACUCGGAAUUCAGAGAGUAUGGGAAGAAAAUGUUUAGCGAAACAAAGUUUGGGAUGUUUAAGAGACUUUUUGCGAUGACGUUUCCUAACAUUGCUAGGUUGUUUAACGUUUCUUUGAUACAUAAGGACGUAGCCGACUUUAUACUGAAAAUAGUUGAAGACACUAUAGAGUACCGAGAGAAAAAUAACUGUUCUAGGAACGACUUUUUGCAACUGAUGAUGAAUUUGAAGAAAAAUCCACCCACAGAUAUUGAUGAUCAUGACGGGAAACCUCUAACAAUGGACGAAGUGGCGUCUCAGUGUUUGGUUUUCUUUGCAGCAGGUUUUGAAACCUCGUCAACUUUGAUGUCUUUCGCGCUUUAUGAGCUAGCCAAACAUCAAGACAUACAAGAGAAACUGCGAGCUGAAAUUAAUUCGGUUUUGGAUAAGCAUGAAAAAAAAAUCACAUAUGACUCGAUCCAGGACAUGAAGUACUUAAAUCAAGUAGUUGAUGAAACCUUGAGAAAACACCCUCCGGGAGCUCUUCUUAACAGGAAGUGUGUGAAGGAUUAUAAAGUUCCGGGGGAAGAUCUCGUAAUCGAGAAAGGUAAAAGCGUUAUGAUUUCGGUACUUGGAAUACAUUACGAUGAAGAAUAUUAUCCGAAUCCUACUCAGUUUGACCCUGAACGUUUCAAUGAUGAAAAUAAGAACUCAAGACAUAACUUUGCUUAUAUGCCUUUCGGUGAAGGUCCUAGGAACUGCAUUGGAAUGCGUUUUGGUUUGCUUCAGUCAAAACUGGGUCUGGCUUGUUUAAUAAAGAAUUAUAAAUUCACUGUUAACAAGAAAACGCAGGAACCCCUAAAAUAUAAGCAAAAUAACAUUGUACUAGCAGCACAAGGCGAAAUUUGGUUGAAUGCUCAAAAAAUUUAAAAUUUUUGUGUUAAAUAUUAGCUUCUCGUUUUUUGAGAUAAUUGUUCCAUUUGUUUUCAUAUCAUUUAAGCACCUGUGUGUUUUCAUUCUCGUCGUCAUUAAAGUGUAACGAUCUUA